AUGGCUGCCUAUAUAGAAAUGGAGUUUAUAUAUUCACUGAAGAAGCUUACUCAUGAGAGGACUUCCCAGGACCUUGAUAUAAUCUACUCGUACCUCCAUGGUAUGGAAGCAUUGACGUGUCUGAGGGAGCCUGCAUUGAGAAGCCUCUGUAAGGCAGUGCGAUAUGAAUUCCAUGAUGCCAACCAAAUAUUAUAUAGACAAGGUGACCUGAGUACAUGCUGGUACAUUCUACUCUCGGGGUCUGUGUUUAUAGAUGGCUCAAUGUUCCUUCCUAGGAGCAGUUUUGGAAAACGUACUGCUGGCUGUACAAGAAGACCAAAUGAGUGCCUUAUACUGGAAGCAUCUGAGAUGAUAGUGGUGGACUAUCCAGAUGUACACCUGAUGCGACCAAGUAGCAAACGACAAUCCAAUAACCUAGAUAGAUAUAUGAUGGAACAAACUGAUGGCAGAAUGCGGAUCAAAUGUCCUUCUGAAAGCAGUAUAGACCCUGUUUCUGGGGAGCAUCAGGACGUUCAAAAUGUGUUACAACGUAGCGAGCAGCAAUAUCUGCAGACUGGGCAGUUCAACUAUAAACGUGGCUCAAGGGCCAGCGAUACAUCCAGCGCCUACUCUGGCUCUGAUGUGAUUGGUUCAUCUAUUGAGGAUGCGGACAUUGACCUCAGCGGACUUGUAGAGAGUGUUGUGGACUCUGACGAUGAAGAGGGAUAUGCUGAAUCUGUAGAGUCUAUGAUAGUACGUGACACUGUGAGGGAUUGUUUAGAGAAAGAUCCCACUGACAGAACUGAAGAUGAUAUUGAGAUUCUGCUGGAGUUCAUGCAACAUUUACCUGCUUUUGCUAACAUGACUCUAGCCACACGACGUGCACUGUGUGCCGUGAUGGUGUUUGCAGUGGUAGAAAAGGCGGGAACAAUCGUAAUGAAUGACGGAGAGGAGCUAGAUUCCUGGUCUGUGAUUCUAAAUGGUGCCGUUGAGAUUGAAGAUAACUAUGGUACCUUUCAGCAUCUUCACAUGGGAGAUAGUUUUGGUAUAACUCCUACCACCCAGAAGAUGUACCAUAAAGGUGUAAUGAGGACCAAGUGUGAAGACUGCCAGUUUGUCUGUAUUGCUCAGGAUGAUUACUACAAGAUCCUCAGUGAAUGCGAGGAGAACAGUCGCAAACAUAUGGAGGAGGGAGAGGUUGUCAUGGUAACAGAGCAUCGGAGUCUCGAUGGUGGCAACAGAAAUGGGCAUAUUGUAAUUAGGGGAAGUCCAGAACGACUAAUGUCUCAUUUAGUGGAAGAACAUUCAAGUGUAGACCCUACAUAUGUAGAGGACUUUUUACUUACAUAUAGGACUUUUAUUCCUUGUCCGCAACAAAUAGCAGAUAGACUAUUAGCCUGGUUUAAUGACCCACGAUUACGGGAUCGGGUCACCAGGGUUGUGUUAUUAUGGGUUAAUAAUCACUUUAUAGACUUUGAAACAGACUCAAUGAUGAGUGAAUUUCUUGAAAAGUUUGAACAACUUUUAGAGGGAGAGAGAAUGAGUGGACAGCUGAGAUUGCUGAAUAUAGCUUGUGCAGCUAAGGCCAGGGCACGGACUAUAACACUUACACGUGCCACACGUGAUGAGGUGCUACAUUUCUCUGUGUUAGGUGGGCUAGAGAGAGGGGCGGGUCUCUUCAUCUCAAAGGUUCAUAAGGGAUCAAAGGCUGCUGAGUGUGGCUUGAAACGCGGGGAUCAGAUUCUAGAAGUGAACAACCACAACUUUCAGCACAUACACCACAACAGAGCUCUAGAGAUCUUACGUGGUACCACUCAUCUGGCAAUCACUGUCAAGUCUAACCUGCUUGGAUUCAAAGAAAUGCUGCUGACUCCAGAAAAUUCCAAAGUCCCUCAAAGUUCUGGUUUGUUGAACACAAUGUACAAUGCUUCACAUUCUCAACCUCGCCUCUCUGUACCCGAUUUACACCAUAAUUCAGUGGUUCAAGUUCCUCCUGUCAUAGAUGCCACUGGUAAGAAGUCUUCCAGGCAGGAGAAAAAAGGCUUUAUGUCAAAUGGGAACAGAUCUAAACUACGGAAAGCUUUCAUGAAAAUGAACUUGCUGCCUAAAAGUCUAAACAGUAACCCAGAACUAAGUACGUCUGAUGAAAACCUAAGCACGAAGGGGGUGCGUAAAUCCUCCUCAGCAAGUAGUUCCCCAAGUCACAGUCUUCACCAGAGUGCCAGCAAUCCGGAUUUGACUGCUGCAUAUUUAUACGAGAUGAAAAGCGACUUCCCGGAACAUGUGAUAAAAGUAUAUAAAUCUGAUCAAACGUGUAAAUAUCUGCUUGUACAUAGGGAAACCACAUCAAGGGAAGUUGUAAUGCUUGCUCUUAAAGAAUUUAGCAUCACGGAACCUAGCAAUAAUUACUCACUAUGUGAGGUAUCAGUGGAGGGGGAAGGUCUACUGAAGCAGAAGAGGUUACCAGACCAACUCGCCAACCUACCAGAUAGGAUAGGGAUCAAUGGAAGGUAUUACCUGAAGAACAAUGUAUCAACAGAGGCCCUAGUACCUGACGAUGUCAUAGAGGAACUAAAUAAAGAGACUCAAAUUAGUAUUCUAAGCCUCAACACUAUGGAAGUAGCUGCUCAGUUAACUCUAGAGGACUUUAAAAUAUUUCGUGAUGUCGAACCAACUGAAUAUGUUGAUGACAUAUUUGGCUUAGAAUCAAGAUACGGGACCUUACAUCUUAAAAAGUUAAUAGAGUUGAUCAACAAGGAGAUGUUCUGGGUGGUCACUGAAGUAUGCGCUGAAUCUAAUCUUGUCAAACGUAGCAAACUCAUCAAACACUUUAUAAAAAUAGCAAGACAUUGUAAAGAAUGCAAGAACUUUAACUCAAUGUUUGCAAUAGUCAGUGGCCUGGGUCAUGGCUCAGUGUCAAGGUUGAAGAAUACAUGGGAGAGGGUUCCCAGUAAAUAUAUGAAGCUAUAUGAAGACAUGGAAGACCUCAUGGAUCCAUCUAGGAAUAUGUCAAAGUACAGAAAUCUCAUCAACAGUGAACGAGUGCAGUAUCCAAUGAUCCCAUUUUUCCCAGUCGUCAAGAAAGAUUUGACCUUCAUUCACCUCGGAAACGACUCUAAAGUAGAGGGGCUUACCAACUUUGAAAAGCUGCGUAUGAUCGCGAAAGAAGUCCGCCAUGUUUGCAAUAUGUGCUCUGCUCAAUACGACAUAGGAACAAUGUUCAUGAGUGGAGGGGGAUCAGCAGGUACAUUUGCACUCAACAGUUCCUCUAGUAUCUCUGCAGUUGCCACAAUGCGACGAAAACGACGCGCUUCAACAUUGCCAAAUCCUAAAAAGAUGUACGAAGAGGCGCAAAUGGUGCGAAGGGUGAAGUGUUACCUCCAACACAGGAAAGUAGAUGAAGAUGAAUCAAACCUUGCUGACCAAUCAAAUGUUCUAGAGCCGCCAACCAAUAAGAAGAGAGAAAACUCACCAAACCCCUCAAAUAUACCAUUAGGACCAAAGUUCGGUACAGAGUCUCCUCAAGCUGUCCGCAAACUGAUGGGACUUGCUGAGAAAAGUCGUCCAGUACACCACAAACACAAUGCCAACCCUGUCAGCACCAACCACAUUGUAAGUCCAAUGAUCCAGCGUAGACCUCAAAGCACCCAGUCUCACCCCAUGUCUCCCAAGGCAAACACCCGGAGUGCACCUGCAGUCAGGCUAUCAGCCGAGAGUUCCAGUGUAGUUACGGGACUUAGUCAUCUCCGCAAAAAUAGAGGUUCAACUCGGAGUACAACAUCCACAAGUCCAACCAAUAGUAUAAAUAACGGGACAGACUCUGGUCACGGGAGUAUGACAUCAGCGACCUCUAUUGGCUCUAUGUCCCCUAUGCAAUCUCAGAGACACCAUAACACACAUUCUUUAGUUAAUCUACCAACCAUACAAGCCAACCAUGUGGGCCCUACCCCUCAUUCUGCCCCACCUACAACUCACACGUCACCCACACGACCACCUUUGCCGUCAUAUCACGUCGCAAUACAGAACUCUAAAGCCUAUAAUGAUUUUCUCCGCCAUAAUGCUAAAUCACGUCCUCCACUACCUGAUUAUAAACAAGUAGCCAUGAUGUCUACCCGAGCAAGACUCCACACAGCUGGGGGAGGUUCAGAGAACUCUAUCUCCCCAGAGACCAUUCAAUAUUACCCUGAUGGUGAGGAAAUACUAGUGGAUGAUGUUGCAAUAGAAGUAAUGGUGGAUGAAGAAGAUGAACAAGUCUCAGCUGUGUGACAUU